AUGUUUAUCGAGAGCUUUAAGGUCGAGAGCCCGAAUGUCGAGUACAACGAUGGUGAAAUUCGAUCUGUAUACAGCUACGAGACGACAGAGCUUGUUCACGAGAACAGAAAUGGCGCUUACCAGUGGAUUGUGAAGCCCAAGACUGUGAAAUACGAGUUCAAAACCGAUUGCAGUGUCCCCAAAUUAGGGGUUAUGCUUGUUGGCUGGGGAGGUAACAAUGGCACGACGCUUACAGGUGGAGUCAUUGCAAAUCGGGAAGGGAUUUCAUGGGCAACGAAAGACAAAGUGCAGCAAGCCAAUUAUUUUGGGUCACUAACACAGGCAUCAUCGAUUAGAGUUGGUUCAUUUAAUGGUGAAGAAAUAUAUGCACCAUUCAAAAGCCUUCUCCCCAUGGUCAACCCUGACGACAUCGUGUUUGGGGGAUGGGACAUAAGCGACAUGAAUUUGGCCGAUGCCAUGGGUAGGGCCAAGGUAUUGGACAUUGAUCUCCAAAGGCAACUCAGGCCCUACAUGGAGCACAUGGUCCCACUCCCCGGAAUUUACGAUCCGGAUUUCAUCGCAGCCAAUCAGGGCUCGCGUGCCAAUAACGUGAUCAAGGGAACGAAGAAAGAACAAGUUGAACAAGUCAUCAAAGACAUUAGGGAAUUUAAGGAGAAAAACAAGGUUGACAAGGUGGUCGUGUUGUGGACGGCAAACACAGAGAGGUACAGCAAUGUUGUGGUUGGGCUAAAUGAUACAGUCGAGAGCUUGAUGGCCUCAGUGGACAGAAAUGAGGCCGAGAUAUCCCCUUCAACUUUGUAUGCCAUAGCCUGUGUACUUGAAAAUGUUCCCUUUAUCAAUGGUAGCCCACAAAAUACUUUUGUUCCAGGGUUGGUUGAUUUGGCCAUUCAGAGGAACAGUUUGAUUGGAGGUGAUGAUUUCAAGAGUGGCCAGACCAAGAUGAAAUCUGUGCUAGUCGAUUUUCUUGUUGGAGCUGGUAUCAAGCCAACUUCGAUUGUGAGCUACAAUCAUUUGGGAAACAAUGACGGAAUGAAUUUAUCGGCACCACAAACUUUCCGGUCCAAAGAGAUCUCGAAAAGCAACGUUGUGGAUGACAUGGUUGCUAGCAACGGCAUCCUUUAUGAGCCUGGAGAACACCCGGAUCAUGUCGUUGUUAUCAAGUAUGUGCCGUAUGUGGGGGACAGCAAGAGAGCCAUGGACGAGUACACGUCUGAGAUUUUCAUGGGAGGCAAAAGCACCAUUGUUCUGCACAACACUUGCGAGGACUCACUCUUAGCGGCUCCCAUUAUCUUGGAUUUGGUCCUGCUUGCUGAACUCAGCACCCGCAUUCAACUCAAAGCCGAAGGCGAGAGCAAAUUUCAUUCUUUCCACCCUGUGGCCACUAUCCUCAGCUACCUCACCAAAGCCCCUCUUGUGCCACCAGGAACACCAGUCGUAAAUGCACUAUCCAAACAGCGCGCAAUGCUUGAGAACAUAUUAAGGGCUUGUGUUGGAUUGGCUCCGGAAAACAACAUGAUCUUGGAAUACAAAGGUUAUGAUCAUGUGAAAUUAAUAAACGUCGAAGAGCACGUACUUGAUGUCUCCGAUCUGGUGAACUCUUUCUUAGAGAGGGAAUUCAUCAACAGAAAAGUGAGGAGCGUGGAUGACGUUGAUGAGGCUCACGGCGGUGAAGCUGAGCUCGACUACGUCCGACAACGCGACUAG